AUGUCUUCAAUCAAGGUGAGAACGUGCACCACGGAGUACAAUGUUUCCAACGUUGCUCUCGACGCAAAAAGAACGAGUGAAACGGAGACUUCGUUUUCUCGAUCACCCACGGUAGAAGCGACCCUAUUCACGGCUAUGUCACUUCGCAGGGAAAGGAAUCCCACAAAACACUCAGUUCCUCACGGAACUUCCUCCGGGCGGGAUCACGAAUUGCGGCACACCAAGGGCGCGGCCAUCUUGCAGCAGAGCCAGCCGAACCCACGACAACUAAACACAGAUCACUUCGCAAUAUGUCGUCACGGAGACUCCGACUUUCAAGCCUGGCUUUUCUUUUCUUUUGCCCUCAAUUUCACGGAGUUGUUUCUGAUGAUGUGUCUCAAGUGCUUUCCAUCAUACCGAAGACCGAACUUGAAAUUGGAAAAAUUGUUGAAGCCCGAAGUCGUUUUGUGUUGGAUUUCUGGAGUGGGGAGAAUCGGGUGGACGUUGGCAAGCCUGUUGAUUGGGGAGAAUCGGGUGGACGUUGGCAAGCCUGUUGAUGUGCGUGCUUCGGGUGAUGAACUGAAGAAUUUCAAAGAUUAUCUGCGAGGAAACAGCAUUCAGUAUACCAUUCAGAUUGAGAAUGUGGAUGCUUUCAUAGCAGAGCAAGCACUUGUGUCUUCAAGGACAGCAGUCUCAGAGAGAUCAGUAUUCAACUUCCAUGACUACCACCAGGUGUCACUUAUGGAAAAACAGCUCCUGGCUUGGGAAAGACAGUAUGGAGUCAAAAGAGCCUUUGCUCACUCUAUUGGCUCUUCAUUUCAAGGAAGGGACAUUCUUGGCAUGAAGGUUUCAUUUGGUGAAACUGACAGACCUCUGAUUGUGAUUGAAGCAGGAAUUUUCCAACAGCCUGGGGUGAGCCAGGGGGUUCAACUGACCCAUGCUCUGAACUGCAUCAAGGACCCAGAGCAGCUUCAGAACCAGAGUCAAGAGCCUUGA